UUUUUAGAAUGUACAAGUUUGUUAACUACAUUUUAUGCAAACAUCAAUCUUAUAAUCAACACGUUUGGUGAAAUUUAUAGAAACGUUGCCCAUAAUUUAUAAUGUUUUCAAUAUAAUUCGAGUAACCUUUUUUUCUAAAAGAAGGUUCUAUGAAGAAAAGGUCUGCGGCGCAUAGUAUGAGGGCAUUUAACUCACCUAGCAAAAGAACCCAACAGCUUUCACAGACACUUGAUGAGGAGAAUAAGGAAAUGGAAAGGAUCGCUAAACUUGUUACAGGUGAAGAUAAAGAUUUCUUGCGCGAGCUUAGAGAGCUCGACAUUUUCGCACGUGCCGACGAAGACCCAGUUUGUUCCAUGUCAAUCGACUGCUCUGAAAGUGAUAACAGGAACAUUUAUGAUGGUACAGAAUACAGAACAUACACCGGAAUGUGUAACAAUCUUGAAAACUUCUCGUGGGGUAUGGCAGGCAUUCAGCAUCUACGAUUGUUGGACAAUGCUUAUGACAACGGGAGAUGGAAUGCACGUGCCGACAGUGUUACAGGAACAAAUCGCAAUCCAGUCGCCCUCCCCACAUCUCGAAGCGUCAGUAAUGCCGUGCAUACUACAUCUGAGACCAAAGCUGACAAUGAUGUUGGAGUGUCCCUAGCUUUGUUCUAUUUCAUGCAGUUUAUUGACCAUGAUAUUGUGAAAACACCAGAAGGAACUGUUCGUGACACCAUAGACUGUUGUGGCUCAGACACACGGGCGUUUUGUAUGCCUAUUGUCAUUGAGGAAUCUGAUAAUGACGACCAUUUCGAGACGGGCUAUUGUAUGGAUGCAAGACGUUCUUUUACCGUACUGGACUGUGAUGAUGACUCUGGUUUUCAAAAUCAGAUAAAUGACAUCACGGCCUAUAUUGACGCCAGUAUGAUUUAUGGGUCCAGCGAAGACGAGGCUGAUACGCUAAGAUCAAAUGUAGGGGGAUAUCUGAAGACGUCAACUGCCGACUUUAUGCCAGAAGCCGCCGACCCCGACGACUUGCCAUGUGACGUUGACGACCCAUCGUUUUGUUUCGAAGCAGGUGACACCCGUGCAAAUGUUCACCCUGGUCUAACGACCUAUCACACUAUAUUUGUGCGAGAACACAAUCGUAUUGCCAAGUACCUCGGUGCCAUUAAUGAUGAUUGGUCAGAUGAAAGAAUCUUCCAGGAGACGAGGAAAAUUGUUGCUGCAGAAAUACAACAUGUCACAUUCAGUGAGAUGUUGCCAGCUGUACUUGACACCGACACCGUAUCGGCCUAUGGUCUGUAUGACACGUAUUCAUAUAAUUCCACCCAGGAUGCGUCAAUAAUCCAAGCCUUCUCGCUGGCCUAUAGAUACCACAAUAUGAUGCCUGCAACGCUACACAUGACUGAAGCAGAUGGGUCAUCUUACAUCAACACCGGUUCUCACAACCAGGAGGACGCUUUCGAAUCACCGUCUUUCCUGUUUGAACAUAACUACAAGGGAGUGGAUCAAAUAUCGCUCGGUUUUGCUUUCAACAGUUGUCCGUAUGCUAACAGGUUGAUGAACGAUGCAGCCCGAAACUUGCUUUUCCUCGAUGACAAUGGUGAUUCAUUUGACCUUGCAACCCUCAAUAUUGAAAGAGGUCGCGAGUGGGGAACACCUGCAUAUACUGAAUACAGAUCCCUCUGUGGAGUUGGUGACGUCACCGAUUGGGAUGACCUACAAAGCACACAUACUGAUGACGUCAUUGCCGCUCUACAAAGCGUAUAUGAUGACCCAAGAGAUAUUGACCUGUGGACAGGCGUAGUAACUGAGACCACUGUAGGUACCUCUAUUUCGGGUCCCACACAGUCAUGUCUUGUUGCCAAGCAGUUUGCAAACUUAAAAUAUGGGGACAGGUUUUGGUAUGAAAGUACAGUUUUUUCCGCGGAUCAGCUGACGGAGAUAAAGAAAGUGACAUUGAGUAGAAUCUUGUGUGACAAUCUCGAUAUAUCUAAGAUGCCAGAGGAAAUCUUCAAAACAUCGUCGACAUGGGUUGACUGUUCUUCCUUUGAUGCAAUGGACCUGAGCCAAUGGGGAACAAGCAAAAAGUAAGCUAUGGAACAAACAACUGAAAAUGAAAGAGACUGAAAAGCCGGACAGGAUUAACCACCCCAAAGACUGUUUAACAUUUAACUUUGCAAUUUCUGUUACAUAUUCUAUGCGUUUUCCUUUUACUUUCUCUGUAGCUAUAUAGCAUAAUAAAUUUUUCAUAAAUAUCUGUGUGUGAUUUUAAGCUUGUUAGAUCAAAGUAAAGGUGCAUUGCCGACCACAAUCGGAUAAGAUGAACAAACUAGUACAAUUUGACUAUCCUUGAAGAUACAUGUUUUUUUGUUGUUUUUUUUGUAACUGACUGUUGAUAUUUCAUCUAUAAAUGAUACCCUCACCAAACUUUGUUGGGGAAGGGGUCUAUAUAUGACUCAUUUUGUCCUGUCCGCCCAUAUCCCGUCUCGUCCAGAUAUCAUUUUGAAACUAGCAAUAUCUUUUAGAGUAAUAGGACAAGCGCGAAUACCAUUUCCCUUUCCCAUGACCCAGACUUUUGUUUUGAAAAAUGUUUUCCUCAUAGUCACAAAAUUGACAUUCUUUCAAAAAUUACCAUUUCGCAAUCUGAAAAUUGGUUCAUACUACCGCGGACUGAGGCUUCACUAUUAUCACUGUUAGCUGCAUUUGUAUGUACCGACUACAGCAUCUUAUAAAUGGCAGAUAUUGUUUAUAGAUUUCAAGAAAACAUAGAAAUACAAGAUUACUAUAAGUUUUAUUUCUCUCACCUCUCUAUGUUAAGGUGAUUUCUGUUUCUUUUCUCCGCAAAGCAUUUGCCUUAUUUUCAUUACACCAUCUUACAGACAUAACAUGAUAGGAUUAAGUUUGUCAUUUUGGUAGUAUUUUCACCAUGAUAUAACUCAUCUUACACAAGAUCAGGACAAUUUUGGGCAUCUUCUUUGAUCAUUACCGUUCUCCAUCCCACAUCCCCCACUCUACCCCGCUCUGCCACCACCCUGCCCUCGCCUAACACAAGUGCACAUGUUGUUGUUAAAGGAAAAUUAAAUACAUGUUUAGAAAACAAACCAUAUGUCAUUUGGCAUUGUUAUAAAAUGUAAGUCAAAAUAUCUGACAGAAGUAAAAGUGUCACUUGUUUGGUAUAAAAAACAACAAUAUAUGUGAUAACAUUGAAAAACAA